CUGCGUGAGUGGUACGUUAGCCGUCAGGGUCGAGCUACUGGAGUUGGGGGCCCUGCUGCGGGUGGCGCUGGAGCUGGAGGUUCUGGAGCUGCUGCGGGUGCUGGCGCUGGAGGUUCUGGAGCUGUUGGAGGUGCUGGCGCUGGUGGCGCUGGAGCUGGAGGUUCUGGAGCUGCUGCGGGUGCUGGCGCUGGAGGUUCUGGGGCUGCUGGUGACGCUGGUACUGGAGGUGCUGGCGCUGGAGGUUCUGGAGCUGCUGGUGACACUGGUACUGGCGGUACUGCCUCUGAGGGUUCUGAGCCUGCUGUUGUGCGGUCUCCUUGGAGUAGCCGCCUUCGUCCGCGUGUGCCUCUCACCUCACAGCAGCUGCACGACUGGUACAGUCGCCGUCAGGGUCGCGCUUCUGGAGCUCGGGGCUCUGCCGCUGGAGGUGCUUCUGCUGACGUCACUGGAGCUGGGAGUGGUGCUGGUCCUUUGUCUCCUGGAGGUGCUGGAGUCGCUGGUCCCGGAGGUGCUCGUACUGGAGGUACUAGAGCUGCUGGGGCUGGAGGUGCUGUGCUUGAGGGUGCUACUGCUGGAGACCCUGGGUCUGGGAGUGCUGCUGCUGGAGACUCUGAGGCUGGAGACCCUGGGACUGGAGGUGCCGGUUCUGGGGGUGCUGCUGCUGGUGGAGCCGGUCCUGGAGGAGCUGGCGCUGAGGGUUCUGGAGCUGCUGGAGGUACUGGAGUUGUUGGUGCUGGUGGCACUGCACAGUCGCGCCUGUUCUUCGCUCCACCGUCUCCGUCGUCUCAGCCACCGCCUGACUCUGUGCUUCGCCAGGUUCUUAGUCUCCCUUCGUCUACUGGUCUUCCGUUACAGCCUGGCUUACCGCCGCCUGCUCCUUCUCCUUACACUGAGCAGACACGGGGUCUUAUUGAGCGUCGUGAGCCUGGGUCGCGUCCUGUCUCGCCUGUCCUCUGA